UAAUUAGUCAUUAAAUUUAGGUAUAAAAUACUUGUUUUACCAGCUCAACGUAUUUGCGAAUCCGAGGCAAGCCGAGUGAAAUACGACAACAUUUGACCCAGAUCUGAUUCUCUUCUGUUUCCAGCAAAGCGUGUGCACACCACGUGCCCCUUAUUAAUAACCCUACGCCCCCUCUCCCCUACUUAACAUUCACACCUCUCUAUUUCUGUUCUCCCCCCAAAUCAAACCCCUAAUCUUCAGUCUUCACGCACAAAAGAGAAAAACCCCCGAAUUUUCCUCAACUUCUGAUCCGAUAUGGAGAGCAGAAAUCUCUCCGGCCGGCGGCAGCAGCUCAGCCGACUGCAGCGGAGGGCGCCGGCGUCCAUUCAGAUCAAUCCGGUCACGGAGUGGAACGUGGCGAUACCGCUUCUAUCGCCGUUGGUUCAGUCGCCCAACAAUCUGACGGCGGAUAUCAAGGCUUGUUCCAGUAGCGGAAAGGAGUCGGCGGCCGCGGAAAAGCCGGCUGCGGUGGUGAUGAAGAAGUGGCAGCACCCCGCCGCGCCGUUCUGUUACGAGCCGACGCCGUUUUUGCCCUUUGUUUGUACAGGAAGCUCAGAUAGACGAUAAUAUUUCUAUUUGCCUUUUUUCUUUUCUAUUUUGGGGGGACAUUUUUGUCAAUAUGAAGAUUUGCUGUUAAUGUUAUCCUUUACGGUGCGUUUAA